AUGGUGGAUUCUGAGGAGCUGAGGAAUAUGGUUUCUAGUUUUAGGUUUCUGAACUACAAUGAACAGCCACUGUUUCCAGGCUUCGCUGGGCAGAAUAAAAGUGGAUGCAAGCAUGACCUCCUGAUAAGGGCAUUGCAUUUCUUGAAGAGCAGCUAUAGCCUUGCAGUUCAAAUUAAAAUUUGAGAAUUACAUAGACACCAGUACCCACGCACUCCUGAAGGACCUUCUGAUUUAUCCACGUUCGGGUCUUCAGUUUUCAAUUUGGAUGGUAGCUCAUCACCUGUAGAACCUGGCUUGGCUGUGGCUGGAAUCCACAGGUUGUCUUCCACUUCUGUGACAUCGCACUCACCGUCCUUCCCUAUUGGUUCUGUGUUGCUUCAAGAUACUAAGCCCGUGCUUGAGAUGCAGCAGCCAUGUCCUCCAACCCCUCCUGCCCAUCCUGAUGUGCAGUUAAAAAACUUGCCCUUUUAUGAUGAGCUUGAUGCUCUCAUCGAGCCCACGAGUUUAGUUCAAAGACGUAUUGAACAGUCUCAAGAGGAGUUGUUUAGUUUUACUCUGACUCGUCUACAGGUUACAGAGAUACGCAUAUCCAGGGUUCAUUUGCCAGAUGGUGGGAAGGAUUAUAGAGUCCAAGUUCAACUGAGACUUUGCUUGGCAGAGACAAGUUGCCCUCAAAAAGAUGGCUAUCUCAAUAAUCUAUCUAUAGAAGUAAAUGGAAAGCUUGUUCCUUCAUCUGAGUACACACCACCACGACCACUUCCUAAUGAAACGAUUCAACAGAGGUGCCCUGGACACACUGUGAAUAUUACAUCUUUAGUUAGGUUAUCUUCAGCUGUGCCAAACCAGAUUUCCAUCUCUUGGGCGUCAAACAUGGAAGAGAAUUACUCCAUGUCUGCAUAUCUUGUACGACAGCUCACAUCAGCCAUGUUAUUACAGAGAUUAAAAAUGAAAGGUAUUAGAAACCCCGAUCAUUCUAGAGCACUAAUUAAAGAAAUAUUUGCUGCAGAUCUUGAAAGUGAAAUUGUUAUAACUGACCUUGUGCUAUCCUUGAUGUGCCCGUUAGGGAAAAAGAGGUUGACAAACCCAUGCCGAGCAGAGACUUGUAGACAUCUACAGUGCUUUGAUGCUGCCUCAUAUCUGCAAAUGAACGAGAAGAAUUCCACCUGGGUAUGUCCUGUGUGUGAAAAAGAAGCUGCCUAUGAAAGUUUAAUUUUAGAUGGGCUUUUAAUGGAAAUUCUCAAUGACUGCUCCGAUGUGGAUAUGGUCCAAUUCCAAGAAGAUGGCUCUUGGUAUCCACUGAGACCACAGGAAGACGCUGAGAAAGUCUCCAGCCAACAGGGUACAGAAACAGAGUUCAGGUUAGCCUCCAGUAAGCAUAGCUCAGAGAUGCCAGCCAGACAGGCAAGGAAGAAGAAGAAAAUGGACGUGAUUGACCUAGCAACAGAGGAGGAAGGCCCCCCUGCCAAAAGGAAGUGAAUCUUGAUGUCAGUAACACAAAGCAGCCCAACCAAAGCUGUUCUCAGGUAUCGGCCAUCUUCUGUAAGGUUGCCCCAGGUGACUUCGGUUGAUCCUGCUGCUAUUUCACCUUCACUGACAGACGACUCGGUACCAUUCCAUCACACGCCAAUCUCAAGCAUGUCAUCAGACUUGCCAGGGGAACUAAGAAGUGAUAGUCAUAAUGAGCUGCAGCUCGGAACAUUUUCUGGUACUGUGCAACAGUGA